CAAGUCGUCGAUUUCUGAACUUCAAGAGCUGAUGGUGAAAAAUAAAAAACCAUUGCCAACAUAUGAAUGUAUUGAAGAUAAAAUUUUUGGAUGCAAUUCACACAAAUUUACGAUAAGAGUUACCUGUGAUAAUAUUACAGUUUGUGGGAUUGGAACCACCAAGAAAGUAGCAAAGGAAAACGCUGCAAAAGAAAUUUUGACCAUUCUUAAAAUACCAUCGGGUUCAAAAGAAACUGGGACCGAUAAUGUUGACAAAACUGAUGAAGAAAUUAUUAUUAAAAAAAUUGAUGCUAUAUCUUGUACUGAAACCGAAAACAUCAAGACCUCUAAUGGUUCUGAAAAAAUGAAUAAUAAGUCGUCAGUCGCUGAACUUCAAGAACUUGCGGCAAAAAAUAAAAAAUCGUUGCCAAUAUAUGAAUGUAUUGAGGAUAAAAUUGUUGGAAACAAUUCACACGAAUUUACGAUGAGAGUGACUUGUGACAAUAUCACCGUCUGUGGGACCGGUUCAAACAAGAAAGUAGCAAAGGCAAAUGCAGCCAAAAAACUGUUAACAAUUCUUAAGACGCCUUCUGAUAUAAUGGAAGUAGAGGUAGAUAAUGUUGAUAAUAAUAACGAAGAACUUCUUUUAGGAAAUUUGAGUACAACCUCUUUUUCUGAAUCGGAAAGCACAAGUUCUUCUAAAGACACAAAAAAAACGUUCAAAUCCUCAAUUGCUGAACUUCAAGAAAUUAUGACAAAACAUAGAAAAUCAUUGCCGACAUAUGAUUGUAUUCAGAAUAAAAUCAUCGGAAAUAAUUUACACGAGUUUACGAUAAAAGUCGCGUGUGAUAAUGUCACAGUUUGUGGGAUUGGCUCUAACAAGAAAAAAGCCAAGGAAAAUGCAGCAAAGGAAAUGUUGAAACUUCUAAAAAAGCCACCUAGUUCCAAAGAAACAGAGACAGAGAAUAUUGAUCAUGAUGCCGAAUAUAUUAUAGAUAUAUUGAGUAAAAGAUCUUUGGUGGAUUUAGAAAGCACAAUUAUUUCUGAAAAUCCUGAAUCUCAAAUAGAGAAAAAUACAGAAAAUGAAAGGUCGCCUACUCUUGAAAUAUCUACUAGUUCAAAAGACAAAGAUCCAGAAUUUAUUGACAGUAAUAAUGAUGAAAUCAUGAUAGACAAAAUGAUUGUAAUACCUUCAUCAGAGUGGGAAUGUAUUACGAGUUCUGACGAUUCUGAUGAACAGGCUUCGUCGUCAAUUUCUGUACCUGAAGAGUCUGUGAUGUUACAUAAAAUUUCAUCAAAACUUAAUGAUUGUACUGAGGAUAAACUUGUUGAUUCUGAGACAUUGGUACAAGCUGAAACUUUUGAUAAUUGUGAAGAGGGAACUAUUGUAGUAGAAUUAUUUACUGGACUGGAAAUUACAAAGCCUACCGAUUCUAACGAUUCUAGCGAUUCUGAAAAAAGACCAAAGUCCCCUGAUAAUGAAAUCCAAGCUAGCUGAAACUUAUUGAAAAAACUGACACAAUAAGUGGAAUUACAGUAAGCAAUGCUGACAACAACAAAAUACAUAAAAAACGAGUGAACAUUAUGGGAUGUUCUUAUAUUUGGAUGUCUGCUUACAUUGUCAAUUAUGUACAACUCUUGGAACUAUAUUUAGAUUCCAAGUUUUACUUAUAUAUUUAAACAAAAUUUAGGUUCAAGUAUUAACUCGAUUUUUAGAAAAGAUUUUCAUAAAUAAUAUUGUUA